GAGCGGUGCAAGCUGGGGAAGGAGCCUGUGCAGGGCAAGUAGGGGCUGGGGCGGCAGCGGCGCGUGGGUAAAAAUACUGAGGUGGAAGUCCUGCCAAAGUGGUGAUGAUUAUACAAAGAGUAGUACUCAGCUCACGCCCUGGUAAAACUGGUGUGCCAGUGCCAGAAAACUUCCAAACAGAAGAGGUCACAAUACCAGAUAAAAUCCAAGAGGGACAAGUAUGUGUUCGAACCCUUUACCUUUCUGUGGAUCCUUACAUGCGCUGUCGUAUGAAUGAAGACACAGAUGCUGAAUAUCUCCAGGCUUGGCAGCUCUCUGAGGUGGCUGAUGGUGGGGGCAUUGGUAUUGUGGAGGAUAGCAAACAUACACACCUUGUUAAAGGAGAUUUUGUAACUUCAUUCAACUGGCCCUGGCAGACAAAAGCCAUUUUAGAUGGAAGUCUGCUCCAAAAGCUGAAUCCACAACUCGUAGAUGGACACCUCUCUCACUUUCUUGGUGCUGCUGGUAUUACUGGGUUAACAGCCUUACUAGGAAUAAGAGAGAAAGGACAUGUGAUUCCAGGUGCCAAUCAGACGAUCGUUGUUAGUGGAGCUGCUGGUGCCUGUGGUUCUUUGGCUGGUCAGAUUGGUCGCCUAGAGGGCUGCUCCAGAGUGGUGGGAAUUGCAGGUACAGAUGAGAAGUGCUCCAUUUUGGUCUCAGAAAUGGGGUUUGAUGCUGCCAUCAACUACAAGAAGGGAAAUGUGGCAGAGCAGCUGCGGGACCUGUGCCCAGCUGGCGUGGAUGUGUACUUUGACAAUGUUGGUGGAGACAUCAGUGAUGCAGUUAUCAGUCAGAUGAAUCAGAACAGCCAUAUCAUCCUCUGUGGACAGAUUUCCCAGUAUAAUAAACCUAUGAUUUAUCCUCCUCCACUGGCUCCUGCAAUAGAAGAAAUAAAGAAAGCAAGGAAUAUCACAAGGGAGAGAUUUCUAGUGUUGAACUAUAUGGACAAGCACGAAGCUGGUGUUUUACAGCUCUGUCAAUGGAUCAAAGAGGGGAAACUGAAGGUCAGAGAGACUGUAACACAAGGUCUGGAAAAAACUGGUGCUGCUUUCCAAUCCAUGAUGACCGGAGGCAACAUAGGAAAACAGAUUGUUCUCAUUUCUGAAUAAAGAUUUUGCACCUUUUGUAUAAAUAUACCCAACAGGAAAAAUAAACGUUUAUGAUCCUGAAAUUGU